UGCUGGAGACACACAGCAAGUACCUUCCUCCCAACCUGACUGCUUCCUUAUCCAGUCAAGAAGACCACAAAGUUCAACAAUGGCCAUCACUGACAUCCUCUGUGCUAAGGAUAUUGAAUCUGCUCUCUCCAGCUGCCAGGCUGAUGAUUCCUUCAACUACAAGUCUUUCUUCUCCAUGGUUGGUUUAUCCAGCAAAAGUACUGAUCAAAUAAGGAAAGUUUUUGCAAUCCUUGAUCGGGACAAGAGUGGUUUCAUUGAAGAGGAUGAGCUGCAGCUGUUCCUGCAGAAUUUCUCUUCAAAUGCCAGAGCCCUCACCUCGGUGGAGACCAAGGCUUUUCUGGCUGCAGGAGACACUGAUGGUGAUGGCAAAAUUGGAGUGGAAGAAUUCCAGUCUCUAGUGAAGGCAUAAACAGCACUAGACCAAAGGCAACCUUGGACUGACUCUGCCAAUUACCUCGUCCAGCAAGCACUUCACACUCAGCAUGUGUUUGUACAUUUUUAUAUUGUUUCAGGCAUUAACCGUUCCCCACACAUGAAGUUCACACACCUGAUUGCUGAGAAAUCUUGCAAUCUUUUGGUCACGUGGCAUUGUUAUAUUUCCAUUGUAAAGAAGGCACUUUGCGAUAUUCCACCACUGAUAAUGUUAAAAUUGUGGCUGAGAGAGGGGAGAAAACAAUUAAAAAAUUAACUAAACAGAAAGACCCUUUGGGGGAAAAAGCUGCUUUUAAAAAUUUUGUUUAGGUUCUCCAUCCUCAUAUUUGAGCAUACUGACUCACCAGACACAGUUCUGAUGAUCUUAAACCAUAUGAUAUAUUCUCAGGCUUAAUUGUACAGGUUUAAUUGAGGUUUAUUUCUGAUUAAUUCUCUGAUACUUGAGAAAAAGCAAUGCUGAAAAGAUAGCUGAAAAUAAUUCUUAUUAAGUCCCAACCCUGUGAAUAUGAGAAAAAAUUAAGACAUUUAAGAGAAGUUCACAUGUAGUUCAAAGCACAGAAUAAGUUUGUGGGUAAUUUUACAAAAUGUAGUAGGCUAAAGCGUAAUCGUAUCAUCAGAAAGUGUUUAUGGCCUAAAAUGUGACUCUCCCUUAAGAAGAUUUAUGUUUCAUGAAAUCUAAGGCAGCUGUGAGAUAGAGGAGAAGGGUCUAAUCCUACUCUGACACUGUCACAAGUCAUGGUCCGCUGACAACCUGGGCCACAGGCCUGGUGGUUUUUCCAUGAAUCAUGAGCCUGUUGAUUAUUGUCUCUUAACAUGUACAAAACAAUAAUAUUUGCCACGUUAGUGAAUUUCUGUGUUUUCUACAGAUGAAACUACAGCCAAUCUUGCUGCUUGAUUUCCCUAAAACUCUUACAUCAUUAAAUAAUGGCCAUUAUGCAAUUAUUUCAUUUAUUACAUGAAUUAUUAUCUAUAUGUUCCAUAAUACCAGGCGUUUUCCUCAGUCUGAAAACUAAGAACUAGUCUUCCCUUUGGUAAAUGUCUCACAGGAUUUUGAAUUUGUUAUAGCAUUGUCUUCAUUAAUGGACAAUUGAUGGCUAAAUGCAGAUGUCAGCAGGCUGAGUAGAUGUUGUGCAUCCCUGGCUGAGCAUGUCAGGAAUUUCCCCACCCCAGUUUAGCUGUUUCCUUCCCCAUGUCCCAUGGCUCCAGCUCACCAGCGGACUGUCAUUUUAAUACUCUUCGCUGAAACUGAAUAAUAAUUAUGAUUUGGCAGCUGUUUUGAAGAAGAGCAGAAACAAAGCCUUCUGGAACUUUUAUGUAGCAUCCAGUGUUGGCAUUUCCAUGAAUUGUGAGAUGAUUAUGUGAGGCAAGCACAGUUCCCUCAUUCCCAGGCACGUAAGAGAGCCGGUCGACAGGUUUAAAAUGGCUAAUGCAAAAGAGGAAUUCUAGCAAUCAGACCCACUGAAACCUUGGCGGAAUUAUAAUGAUUAUAAAUCCUAAUUCUAUCUCAACUGCCUUUGAUGUUAAAUCUGGUUUUAAAUUAUAGCUGCUGUUAAUUGCAGCACUGAAAUAUUUUGCAUAAUGAUGAGAUUCUGUUGGUUUCUUUUACCUUAAUUAUUUCCCUGCUGAAGAAAAAAACCAGGGGCAACCUGGAUCUGCAGCAAUAUCCAGAUGUAAUAUAUGCACUAGCUGUUCACACUGCUGAUCACUGGCUCGUGAGCAGAUGGCACAUACAGUACCAGAAGUGUCAGACCUGACACCACAUUCCUUGCACCUCUGAGAGUCUCAUGUGGAAUUCAAGAAAUGCAAGACUGCAUGGUGGCCCAUCCUGCAUUUCAGAGAUGCUGAACAACUGCACAUUACUGCCUUAUGCUGCCACAGGGGGGUGAAGCACUCCCAAGAAUCAGGAAAUCCUUGUGUGUGCAGGAACUUUACUUAUGCUUAUAAGAAAAUCUGUUCUUCUUAAAUAGUGGCAAGAAAAUGUGUUUUAAAUCUUACUAAAAUCAUCCAGCCAUGUCAUUCGAAGGAAUUAUAAUAAAACUCCAAGAAGUCCCCAAUUAAAAAAACAAAUGCUCAUAGGCUUUAGAAAAAAAUACCACCUACUCUAUAUUAAGGUUUCUGUUGGCAUUAGAACCCACAUUUUAAAUCCACAUUUUAGCCAAACUAGAAAAGAGUGUUUUUCAACUAAAAGAAACAAAUUCAAAAAAUGUAAUGUUUUCUGGCAAGGUUCAUUUUAAUUAACUUAAGUCAAUGGCAGCUUUCAAUUUUUUAGGGAAUAUCAUGGAGUGUUCUCUGAACUUGACAAUGCCAUCAUGCUAAAGAAAAACUUCAGUUGCAGGAUGUCUAUAUGAAUGCCAACUGAAGCAUCAAAGAGACACAUGGCUGGUAUCACAAUGUUACCAUAAUUAAGGUACAGAAGCAGACAGUAAUUCCUGAUGGAAAGGUUCUCUGGAGGUCUCUGGUCCAAUCACUCCCACAGAAGGCCACAUUGCUCUAAGAUGAGUUUGAGUAUCUUCAGGAUACAGGCUCUAUAACCUCCCUGGGCAUCUGAUAAGUAAGGAUUAAAUCCUCUGCAUCAAGCUGUUAUGAAUGAAUUAAACAAAUAAAACACUGCUGAGAACA